CAUCACGUCGGACAUCCUGCACAGCUUCCUGUACGGCCGCUGGCGGCACGUGCUCGGCGACCAGCUGCAGCACGAGGAGCGCGGGGCCGCCGGCGCGAGCCCGAAGACCGCCUUCACCGCCGAGGUCCUCGCGCAGUCCUUCUCCGGAGAGGUCCAGAACUGUCCAGUCUGGUUUUGCCGAGUGAAGUGAUCAUCGCUCAGAGCUCCGUCCCAGGAGAAGGUUGGGUAUUUUCUCCAAAGCCUGGAUCAAAUCAGGAACAGAGAUGGGCCCGUUUCACCGGACGCCUGAUUUCACCUGAACACAUCGACAUCUACAAGAACAACAACCUGAUGUGGGAGGUGUUUAACGAGGACGGGACCGUCAGGUAUUUCAUUGACGCCAGCCAGGAGGACCAGAGGAGCUGGAUGACCUACAUUAAGUGUGCGAGGAACGAGCAGGAGCAGAACCUGGAGGUGGUUCAGAUCGGCAGCAGCAUCUUCUACAAGGCGGUGGAGACAAUCCCACCAGAUCAGGAGCUGCUGGUCUGGUACGGAAACUCCCACAAUACCUUCCUGGGUAUCCCAGGGAUUCCUGGAGGAGACGACGAACAGGUCAAGAAGAAUAAGAGCGAUGAGUUCCACACUUGUGAAGGCCCUUCUAACUCCUCCUCAUCUUCCUCCUCCUCUUCCUCGUCCUCCAGUCUUGGUCGGAUGCGUUGCGUCAUCUGCCACCGCGGCUUCAACUCCCGCAGUAAUCUGCGCUCCCACAUGCGCAUCCACACUCUGGACAAACCUUUCGUCUGCCGCUUCUGCAACCGGCGCUUCAGCCAGUCCUCCACGCUCCGGAACCAUGUACGGCUGCACACCGGCGAGCGCCCCUACAAAUGUCACGUGUGCCAGUCUGCAUACUCGCAGCUAGCUGGUCUGCGGGCACAUCAGAAGAGCGCCAGGCACCGACCCGCCGGGGAUGCAGGUGUGCCGGCGGGAAGUGUAGUGGUGAUGGGAGGAGGAGGAGGCAUGCACGGAGCUCACUCACCUCCUCCUCAUCAUCCACCGCAGCUGACGGCCGUGCCACACCCGGCCUCUCUGGUCCACCACAUACCUACCAUGGUGCUGUGAGGUGCGCCGGGUUGCGCCAUCCACAGAGCACCAAAUAUUUGACUGAACUGGCUGUUGACGUCUGCCAAUUACCCAGGUAGCCAACUCUAUGGGCUAACUAAACAUUUGUAAGUCAGGUUUAGUG